UAAAAGCAGCUCGGCUCUCAUUUCCGAUCAUUUACAGUGUGCUGUGGGAAAGUGAGCGGCCCACCAAGAGCGGAGAUGCUGUCAAUGAUUAGUGCGGAUGUGCUGGCACAGGGCAGGUAGAGGGAGAGGAAGAGAGGGAGGAAGAGGAGGCAGGCAGGCAGGAGGGAGGGAGGGAGGGAGGAUGCUGCCAGCGGAAAAUGGCUGCUGCAACCUCAAGCCUAUCCUGAUACACCGAAACGACAUCAAGGUGGAGAGAGUAAGAGAGAGAGAGCGAGAGAGAGAGGAAGAUUAGGAAAAUGAGAGCAGAUGGAGAGAGAAUGUGAAGCGAGUCUGAGUGUUUCCUGAAAGGAGGAAUAAAAAGAAGAGGGAGAGAGGAGAGCCUGGGGUGGGCUGCUGCAAGCGGCGGGCAACACCGAGCCAUGGAGGGCGAUGUGCGUGUUCGUGCGGUGGUAAUGACACGUGAUGACUCCAGUGGCGGUUGGGUGCCCCUCGGAGGAGGCGGGCUCAGUCACGUGGUCAUAUGCAAGGGGCGGAGCCUCGACGGCAGGGGGCGCAGGGAGUACAUCAUCCGAGGAGAGCGCCUGCGCGACCGAGCACCAGUGCUGGAGUGCGCGGUCCAGAGGGGGCUGGUGUACAACAAGGUGAAUCCCAUCUUCCAUCACUGGAGAGUCGAGGAUCGGAAGUUCGGCCUUACGUUCCAGAGUCCUGCCGACGCCAUCUCCUUUGAAAAAGGGCUGCAGACCGUCUUAGACAAACUCGACAGAGGCUCUGACUCGCCAUCGUCGUCCACGCCAGAAGAGGUGGACACUGAAGACGACGGUCAAGCUUCCCAUACAGGAAGCGAGUCGUCGUCAAACAGCAGAAAGGAGAUGCUUCCCAAGCCGAUCACCAUAGUGACAAGCGAGUCCUCCUCCACCUGCUUCGUGCGGCCCGAAGAGUUCAGCUUUGGACCCAGCCAUGCCGUCACCACUCACACACCUGCUCAGAUCCACACCAGGCCGGGACAGCACCAGCUCUCUCAAAUGACCACCGUGUUGAACCCGCCGGCGCCUCCGCCGCCGCCUCCUGCUCCACCCACUCCUCCUGUGGGGCCCCCGGCCUCGUCCCCUCUCUCCCCGCUGUCGCCCACCAUUUCGCUGCUGGAGGAAGGAGAUCUGCGCAGCGUGGACCCUUGCAAGGACCUGUGGGGUUCUCGGGGUUACGAGGAUUACAGACGCGCCGGUGCGACCAGGACUAUGGUUGGGGGCCUGACGGGCGGCGUGGUGGUCGGCAGCGGCGGGAGUCUGCAGGACAAGUCGGAGCUGUGCGUGGUUCGCUUCGAGAAGGAGCUGGCGGGCGUGGGGCCGGCCGGCUGCGAGGUCACCGUGAGCCUGGACAGCAAAGCCUCCCAGCGCCUGUCCUCGUCGUCCCCCACCUGCAUGUCCAUGCCCAACGCCGUGUCCGGAGUGUCCUCAGGUGCCGGCUCGCCGCAGGAGCCCGGCAAAGGAUCGCCGUCCCCCUGCUGCAUCCACGCCUCCCGGACUCGUAAGCGAGGCGGGGCCGGCGGCAGCGACCCGGGCGCCAUCUCGCCCGACGACGACAGCCCGUGCCCCCAGGCGUCGUCGUCGUGCUCGUCUCGCUGCGUCUACUGCCGCUCGGUGUUCAGCGCCUCGGAGAACGGGCGGGGCCGCUGCAGGGACGCCCCCGACCCGGCGCUGCACUGCCUCCGCCAGUGGACCUGCGUGUGGUGCGCGGAGAGCCUGCUGUACCACUGCAUGUCGGACUCGGAAGGGGAGUUCUGGGAGCCCUGUUCGUGCGAUGACUCAAUGGGGGGCCACCCACACCCGCUCUGCUGCGCCCGCUGGUUGGCCCUGCUGGCCCUGUCGCUCUUCGUGCCCUGCAUGUGCUGCUACCUGCCUCUGCGCGCCUGCCUGCGAUGCGGGGAGAGGUGCGGCUGCUGCGGGGGGAAGCACAAAGCGGUCCGAUGAGGCCAGGCUGAGGGGCGGGAGGGCUUCUCUGGACCGGGUGGAACCGAGCACCUGACGGCGGUCCUCCAAAGCCCCGCAGCUUUCCACUGAUUUCAGCUCUUUCUCUUUUCAGCCGGGGGCCUUCCUCGACGGUCCAGGUGCUCUGCACUCUGACUGGGCUCUCUGGGAGUCAUCUGGAGCCUUCGUAGUGGAUUCACUGGGGGAGCGCACUGCAAAAACACCAAAUCUCCCCAAGUGUGUUUUUUUGUUGUUGUCUGGUUUCUACUGCAAAUAUCUUAGUACACUUUGUUGGUUUUUCUACUUGUAUUACUGCAAAAUACAACCCAGGUGCUUAAAAAAAACACCCAGCCAUUUUUUGGAGUCUGGAAAAUGAAUCCUUUCAAAAACCUCUAUUUGACGGGUGUUACCAACCCCAGCCCAUCACCUAGCAACGCAACUCGAGCAGGAAUGGUGAGCUGUUGAAUGGGUUGCUGGAAAACAAAUGUUUUGUUGCUGACGUGCUAUUCAGAAACCACUUGCCACAUUCCUGUUGGUUGUGUAGGAGGCCCUACGUCUGCUUUUCAAAGAUGUUUGUAUGGUCACAUAAUUUCAGCCAUUUUUACGUGCGAUAGUAAAAGUUGAUUUAGUGGGUGUGGCCAGCAGCAGCUUGCUUGGAUUUAAAGUGACAGAGUCCAUAAAACAACUCAUUCUGAGCAGAAGAACUGACCAGACUAAAAUCACAUUAUCUAAGAAUUAUUUUGUGGAAAAAAUAUAAUGAACAUGAUUUAUAAAGUUCAUACCCCAAAGCAUAAAAGUUCAACUUUAAAAUAAGACAAAACUAACUUACAAGUAACGUUUCAGCAUGAUAUUAGGUCUGCAGUUAAUUAUUUUAGUAAUCGAUUAUUCUAACAGUUAAUCGGGUUAUAAAAACAUUGACCAAGCCAAAAAGGCUUAUUGUGUUUAUUUAGACGUCAAUGUCAAAAACAUUCUUAAAAAUAUAUUUCAUGUGCUUUUAGUAAAGGCAUUUCAGAUUUCAUGAAUGUCAAAUUACUUUAAAAAAAUGAAAUAAUAAUCCAGGAGUUCAAAUCUUUUAAAAAACAACGAAAUUGCCCUUUAAAACACUUUUUAAGCUGCUAAUCUUUUAUAUUUUCCAGCAUCAUUAGCCGCCAGCAGCCACAUAUACAUAGCGCUAACACUCUCUGCUAACUAAACAUGCAGUUACUCCAAACCUGCAACUAAUCAUCAGCUUAGUAAACAUUUAUUCUCGAUUAAUCAAAUAAUCAUAUAAAACAGUUGGUACAUUCUGCAGAUUUUUUAUUUAACCACUUAAAGUUAUUUUAUACAAUAUUAGACAUACAUAAAAUGCCAAUAAACAAAUGAUUGUAGGGCUGAUUUGUUUAUUAUUGUUACUGUUUUAUUAACAGACUACUAAUUGAAUAGCAAAAACUACUACUAAUAAAUUUGACAGCACUUGAAUCAGUUGAAACUAAAACUUGAGAAGUUCUGAGAAGAACAUCUUUACAGACAGAAGAUUUUUUAUCUUCAAUGCAAAAUGUAUAUAUUUUGUGUACAGGUUUGGCUUAAUUACCUCUCUGAGUGCGUUGCUCUUUCAGCGAACGGCAUGUUUUAGAGUCUGUAUACUCAAGUUAACAAUUAAUCAAUUACUAAAUUAGUUAAUGAUUAAUCUAUUCAUUACGAUUAAUCCAAUUAUUAAUUUCAGCUCUACAGUGUAUAGGAGCUUGCUUUAAGACAAUAAAUCCUUAAUAUUGAUGAAAAUAUACUAGUUCAACUGGCAGAUGUUUACACUUAUAAUAAAGAAAUUUUUCCUGUUAAGUAAAAUAAUAUACCUGUGGAAAUAGUACUUUUUUAAAAUCAAUAUUAAGGAAUUAUUGACUUAAAACA